AUGCCACGGAUGCCUUGUGCGCACAUGCAUCAAUCUUUCCAGUCCGGACGUUGCGGCAGCUGUCGAGUCCUGCUACGGAUAGCUGCAGUACCAGCGCUCAGCCAUCAGCUGUCUGCAACGGGCACCAGUACACAAGCGAUCAGCGGUCUCCAGAUGCUGCAGCAAAAUGACAAGAGGGUUUGCGUGCUAAUUCAGGGCCGUUGCAAGCGCGGGCGUCUGAGUGGCCGCUUGAACGUGCCGAGCGUCGUCGCUGCUACGUUUGCGUUAUUGUCUACAAUAUUCAGAUCGAAUCCCCUCAUCUCAUUUACCAAGCAACUGACCUCAGGGCCUCCACCAGCCACCUCACCAAGUUAUUACAAGCGCUCGACUAAUACGCAUCAACUACUCCAUGGCAUCAUCUCAGCGCGUUCGUACAGGUCAAAUGAGGUCGAACACAUGCUCAGACCUAUCCAGGAACCCGUCACGUCUCACGACACCCACAUAGUUGCUGUGUCACUAGGAAGUGGGCACAGCUGCAAUGCCGCACGGGCUUCCUCACCAUUACGUUCUAAUAGAGCGCCUGCUACUCCGUCGGUGCGUAGAGCAGGAGAGCUUCAGCCAAUAUCGCCAUCCCGCAUCGCCAACACGAGUGCUCGACGAUACAUGGGUUCGGCAUUGCUACACUCACCUGCACGCCUUGGUCACAGCGCAUGUAUACGCCAGAUCUUUGACGAUACGCAACAACGAUCUCUUGGCCGGCAGCGUACUAGGGACGUAAUCUACCCAUCUCUUGCAAACGUGUCUAGGCAUGUCUCGCCACACAAAAACUCUCAAGCAAUUUUCAGCGAUUCUUCAAGGCACGAUCGACCUCAACCUCAAGAUCAGCCUUCAUCAAUUGAUACUGAUGCGACGGUGAGCGACCCGCAUGUGAUUUCGCCUCAUACUGCUGAACUCCGACCUUCCCCAGAGCCUUGGUCCGAUGAUUCAGGUUAUCUGAAUGCGAGUUUGUCGUGUAUUUCAACAGAGGUCGCCGAGUCGCCAACAGAAAGGAUCUAUGACUGGCUGUCAACAACUUGCAGUGGCGAACUUGAGGGUACUGCGGAUAACAUGGGCGAAAAUCGCGACGUGGAUCGUGAGAGACGAGUACCAGGACCUCGCAGUUCAGAAGUGUACCAAGAAACAAGUGGUAAAGGCUCAGAACUGUUGUCGAACCCUCCAACAAUGGAUGCGCCCCAGAGCGUCCUCGGCACUCGAUUGGAACGCCAUGUUUCGGACAUGUGCAAGACUUUCAACUUCGACACUCGGCAAGCAUAG